AUGCAUUUCUAUGCUGAGUUUGAUGGGCCCACCGGGCCAGAAGCUUCUCAAGCUCAAGCAUUGACUUUUCUAGUUAGAGACCAACGUCUUGGGGCUAACGUGGGAUCUGCUCAAGGACCUACUGGUUUAGGUAAAUAUCUCAUGCCUUCCCCGACUGGAGAGGUUCUUUUUUGCAUCAAAACAAUAAAAUCUAAAACGUACAUUGUUGUUCCAGCGGAAAUACUUGGUUUAAUUCUACCACUUCUACUAAGGGUAGCCUUUUUAGUGCUAGCUGAACAUAAAGUAAUGGCUUUUGUGCAAUGUCGAAAGGGUCAUGAUGUAGUGGGAUCGUUCGGAUUGUUACAACCUCUAGUUGAUGGUUCGAAAUUGAUUCUAAAAGAACCUAUUUCACCAAGUAGUGCUAAUUUAUCCCUUUUUAGAAUGGCUCAUGUAGCUACAUUUAUGUUAAGUCUGGUCUCUUGGGCCAUUCUACCAUUUGAUUAUUGUAUGGUAUUGUCAGAUCCGAACAUAGGGCUACUUUAUUUGUUUGCCAUAUCUUCGCUAGGUGUUCAUGGAAUUAUUAGAGCGGGUUGGUCUAGUAAUUAG